AUGUCUCGAUCUGGCUUAAGCCUCAUAUGUGGUGUUGUUGUAGCUGCAACGCGACUUGCGUAUCAGUAUAAAAUAGGCAGCACAGAUCCCUGCGGUAACGUCCAUCCGUUCCCUUUAUGCAAACUUGUUACACAGCUUUUUGAUCUAUGGAUCGCUAUCGAGCCUUCGUGUGUCAAACACCCAUUUAUAUGUUUUGGAGCUGUAAUCUCAUGCCAGAGACGACUCUGGGGCUUCGUCGUGGACGACUUUGAUGUUGACAUAGACGGGGUAUUCCAAGUUCAAGUAAUCAAUUUACAUACUCGCGAUACUGAUGGUACAUCCAUCAGCGUCUGCCAAAUAAGUCGAUGGUCCGAUCUUAAGAAGCCUCCUCGCAUUCUCGAGCGAACUACACCACAACAUGACAAUAUCUUCCACUGUUAUGGUUUGGUCUCUUACUACGUUCCUUUGACCAGAAUGGCAGUCUUUCCAUACUUGAAAACAUUUAGUUCAUACGGUAAAACUAUCCUGUCGAAAAUCACCUGGGGACAGAUCAGCUUGACGGCUGACAGAAGAAUAGCGUUGCUCGAGUUCCAUCGGAUGGGGCCAGAUAUGUGGGUCAGGGACCUUGACCUCGACUGGAGCGAAUACUACAGUAACGCCAAGUACGGGGCACCGGAAUGCUUGCCCGGAGUGCACAGGAGUUAUCCAACGACCUCGUCAGAUACAUACUCCUUUGGAAUGAUCGCAUACGAGGUCGCAACUCAUCUCUUCUCGCUCAAAGUGCCUCAAAGCGUUCAGACCGCCAAAAGAACCUACGAGCGCUGGUGUUGGUUGGGACUCGACCCGAUCGGGUCUCGUUCGACGCACCACCUCACCUGGGUGACCAACUCUGGGAACUACUCUGCGCCUGCUGGCAACGCGAGCCCUCCGAGAGGCCCGCCACGGCUGAAGUUCUCCGUCGCUUGGACGGGCUGGUGGAAGUGUGCGGGGGGGGGGGGGGGCGUGCGCCGCGGGAGGCAAGACAGACGAUAG